UUGUCUGACAAGCAGAGGCAUGAGCUGGGUCCAGGCCACCCUACUGGCCCGAGGCCUCUGCAGGGCCUGGGGAGGCAUCUGCGGGGCCGCCCUUCCGGGAACUUCCAUCUCUCAGGUCCCUCGCCAGCUCCCUCGGGGCCUGCACUGCAGCGCAGCUGCCCAUAGCUCUGAACAGUCCCUGGUUUCCAGCCCACCGGAACCCCGGCAAAGGCGCCUAGCGGGGAACGGGACAAGGCCAGCUUCCUGCAGGCGGUGCAGAAAUUUGGGGAGCACAGCGUGCGUAAGCGGGGCCACAUUGACUUCAUCUACCUGGCCCUGCGCAAGAUGCGGGAGUAUGGCGUCGAGCGGGACCUGGCUGUGUACAACCAGCUGCUCGACAUCUUCCCCAAAGAGGUCUUCCGGCCUCGCAACGUCAUCCAGCGCAUCUUCGUCCACUACCCUCGGCAGCAGGAGUGUGGGAUUGCCGUCCUGGAGCAGAUGGAGAGCCACGGUUCCUUUGCCCAAAGACUCAACAGGUGCAGCAGAUCCCCCCCAGCCCCACAUCGUAGGAAUCCAGAGUCCGGAUCAGCAGGCUGCCCUGGCCCGCCACAACCCUGCCCGGCCCAUCUUUGUCGAGGGCCCCUUCUCCCUGUGGCUCCGAAACAAGUGUGUGUAUUACCACAUCCUCAGAGCUGACUUGCUGCCCCCGGAGGAGAGGGAAGUGGAAGAGACCCCGGAGGAGUGGAACCUCUAUUACCCGAUGCAGCUGGACCUGGAGUAUUCGAGGAGUGGCUGGGACGACUACGAGUUUGACAUCAAUGAAGUGGAGGAAGGCCCUGUCUUCGCCAUGUGCAUGGCGGGUGCCCAUGACCAGGCGACGCUGGCCAAGUGGAUCCAGGGCCUGCAGGAGACCAAUCCAACUCUGGCCCAGAUCCCCGUGGUCUUCCGCCUGACCCGGGCCACCGGGGAGCUCCACACAUCCUCUGCAGGGCUGGAGGAACCGCCCCCGCCCGAGGACCACGAGGAAGACGACAGCCUGCAGCGACAGCAGCAGGGCCAGAGCUGAGUCUGAGCGGGCUGAGGGCACAGGCUGUGGCCCGAGGCGGCGGUGGACUGAAGGCAUGAGAUGCCCUUUGAGUGUACAGCAAAUAAAUGUUUUCCUGCUUGGGGCUGCCUUCCCUCCUCUCUGGUAGUGUAGCAUUCCCUCCCCAGGAUCUCAGGCUGCCAGCGAUGGGCAGGCGAGACCCCUUCAGGGUCUGCAGGCUCUUCUGGUUCUCCCGCUUCAAGCGAAGUUAGAAAGUUUAAUCAAAAAGGGGUGGGGGGGCGCUGUCGGUUGUGCACA